GAACACCCAACUUUCUGAAGUGUGCGUUACGGUUAUGGAAAGUGUCGUAUCAUCAGUUUAUAAUUCCUGGCGCGAUGUUGCAUUUGGUGACUUACAAAAAACGUUGGAGUCAGUAGCAUGUGAGCUGACCUCCAAUCAUGAGAAAAACGAUAUUUCAAGGACUAAUUUAGUAAAUCAGACUAAAGAGUUCCGAAAAUCUGCCUCCGAGGAUGUACGUAAAUAUUCUUCGACAGUUAUCAAGUGUUACCAAUCAGAAUUUGAUGCACUUCAAAAGAGGUGUAGAUAUGCUGAAGAUGCUUACCUUUCAAUGUACAAACAACUUAUUGACCUUCCAGAUCCCUCAUUCGCACUUGGAGAACUUCAUUCCUUACAAAAACGAGCUGACAAAGCUGCAGAAUUUGAGUUCGAAUCACGGAAAUUCAAGGAAAGCUGUGAUGAAUUAAAAAUAAAAGUUCAGGAGCUCAAAAAUUACGAACGCGAAAAUAAACGCUUGCAGAAACGUCUUGAUGAGUUGACGGUUUCUUUGGAAACUCAAAUCCAGCUGAACAGUUCGAAGAUAGUGGAAGAAUAUCAAAGGAAGUUGGAGUUCAAGGAGCAAGAGUUUGCCAUCUUUAAAGUUGAAGCGGAGGAGAAGCUGGGUAGCUUUGAAUCUAAAAACAUAGCAAUUUCCAAAGCACUGGAAAUGGCACAAUCUGAAUUAUUUAGGCUUAAAACAGAAGCGAACGCUACAGAAACCGGCAGGUCUUCCGAACUUGAGUUACUUAUGGAUGAUCUUGAGAAAUCAAAUGCAAAACUUGCUUCUGCUGAAGCAGAGCUGGCCAAAUUACGUGAGGAUCAUGCGGAUAUCCCAAAGUUACCCAUCGCAGAUAUUAGUCGACUUCAAUGUCGCAUUGAAGAGCUUGAAUUUGAACUGUCCAGUUGUUCUCAACAAAAAUCGUCAUUACUCGACCAGUUGGAAUCACUCAAAUCUUUGAAGUCAUCCAACGAAAAGAAUCUAGAAAAUUGUAUUCAAGAGCUGCAAACAACAAUUUGUCAGACCAAAGCUUCUCUGGAAGCAGCUAAUAUUAAACUUGACAAUCAAUCUGAUUACGAAGAAAUAAAACGCGAACUAUCUCUUUUACACUCGAUUGAAUUUCCUGAAAAUGUUCAGCUAGAUGGAUCGGAUAAUUUUAUUCAAGACGAAACAUCUAAUCGUGCUCCAUUGGAAGUACUUCUUUUAAAAAAGAAUAAAUCAUUGGAGAAUCAGUUGGCCGAAGCAAACACUUUGCGCGAAAAGUUACAAAUUGAACUUACUCAAGUUCAAUCAAACGAAGUUGAAGCCAAUCAACGAAUUAAAGAGCAAACAGAAUUAAUAAAAUUGUUGGAAUCUGAUCUUUAUCGUUUGCAGACAAAUUUGGAUGAAUCAUUAAAGUUAAACGAUUCAAGGAACCGAUUGGAAAGUCACCAUCUUGCAGAAGUUAUCGGUGACCAAAAACCAAGUCAAUACAAUCAAUCAUUAUUAAACAUUGUACAAAAUCAACGUGAUCGAUUUCGAACACGAGCUGAAGAAUUAGAGCAGAAUGAAAUAAAUUUACGCCAACAGUUGGUAUCACUUCAACGCGAAGUUGAAUCAGUAAGAGCUGAUAACGUUAAACUGUACGAGAAAAUACGUUUCUUACACUCAUAUGGUAGUCCUGUAAUACAAAAUCGACCAAAUAAUUUAUCUAAUAAGCAUUCUUCAUCAUCGGUAACAACGUCAUUAUCUCCAUCACCUUCUCAAAAUCAUGAGUCAAAUGAUGCGACUAUCAUUAAAUAUUCACAGGUUUAUGAAGCUCAGUUAAAUCCUUUCAAUCAAUUUAGUCGAUAUGAGAAACAACGAGUGUAUAAAAAGUUACAACCAUAUGAAAAACUGAUGUUACAUUUGGUAUGUUGGUUUAUUAUGUUUGCCUUUCUUUCAUAGUUUACUUUAUGGAUCUGGUCUUAAUUUGUAGACAACCUGUUAUAUCUCUAGAUACUUAUUUUCUUGAUAUGACGCGUAUAACUCGAGCACUUGGACGCUAGAACCCUUCCAAGUCACAAUGAGAAGACAGAAGACUAGUGAAAAGAAUGUUAUUCCAGACUGUCAAACUAGAGUACAAACUAUCAGGGACGUUUUGUUAGCUCCGAUCGUAGACUUCGCUUGGGUGUGUUUUUGUAUGCAAUAUUUUUACAUUUAUUCAUAUUUAUUGCAUUGUAUAAAGCAGCUCAUUUCCAGCAUAGUGCUUUGGAAACUGAAGCAAAUUGUCAUUCUCGCUUUGAAAAACAUAUGCAAGAAGUUCAUAAUCAAGGUGGUGGAAAUCUUUAACACACUUCAUACUUCAAUUAUUAUUAUUUUUGUUUAUUUUUUAUUACCUUCAAGUGUAACACUAUUCUGUGAAUAUAAAGUCCACAUAAACAAUGUGGUUAUAUUAUUAUGUGAUAAUGAGUUUCUCUUUUUUUUUUUAAAUAAAAAAUGUCCACAUGUUUUGUGUGUGCGUGUGUGUAUAUUGAUAAGGGUUUUUUCUACCAAAAAAAUUUAAUUUUAGAAAAUUUAUUUUGCUUUAGAAAUAUACUUUACUUGAUAAAAUUGUUUUGUUAAACAAUUAAACUGAUUUACCUUUGAUUUUUUUGGGUAUACAAGAUUCUUUCUAAGGGGGAAAUAACAAAACUCAAUUGGCUUUUAU